GGCCAGGGCGGGGCCAGGCCUGCACCGGACCAGGCAAGAUGGCGGCCGUGGAGACCGAGUCGGCGCCGCUGACCCUAGAAUCGCUGCCCACCGACCCCCUGCUCCUCAUCUUAUCCUUCUUGGACUACCGGGACCUAAUCAAUUGUUGCUAUGUCAGUCGAAGACUUAGUCAGCUAUCAAGUCAUGAUCCGCUGUGGAGAAGACAUUGCAAAAAAUACUGGCUGAUAUCUGAGGAAGAGAAAACACAGAAGAACCAGUGUUGGAAAUCCCUCUUCAUAGAUACUUACUCUGAUGUAGGAAGAUAUAUUGACCAUUAUGCUGCUAUUAAAAAGGCCUGGGAUGAUCUCAAGAAGUACUUGGAACCCAGAUGUCCUCGGAUGGUUUUAUCUCUGAAAGAGGGUGCUCGAGAGGAGGACCUGGAUGCUGUGGAAGCUCAGAUUGGCUGCAAGCUUCCUGAUGAUUAUCGAUGUUCAUAUCGUAUCCAUAACGGGCAGAAGUUAGUGGUUCCUGGGUUGCUGGGAAGCAUGGCACUGUCUAAUCACUAUCGUUCUGAGGAUUUGUUGGAUGUCGAUACGGCUGCUGGAGGCUUCCAGCAGAGACAGGGACUGAAAUACUGUCUCCCUUUAACAUUUUGCAUACAUACUGGUUUGAGUCAGUACAUAGCAGUGGAAGCUGCGGAGGGCCGAAACAAAAAUGAAGUCUUCUACCAAUGUCCAGACCAAAUGGCUCGGAAUCCAGCUGCUAUUGACAUGUUUAUCAUAGGUGCUACUUUUACUGACUGGUUUACUUCUUAUGUCAACAAUGUUGUAUCAGGUGGCUUCCCUAUCAUCAGAGACCAGAUUUUCAGAUACGUUCAUGAUCCAGAGUGUGUAGCAACAACGGGGGAUAUUACAGUUUCAGUGUCCACGUCGUUUCUGCCAGAACUUAGCUCUGUACAUCCACCCCACUAUUUCUUCACAUACCGAAUCAGGAUUGAAAUGUCAAAAGAUGCACUUCCUGAGAAGGCUUGUCAGUUAGACAGUCGCUAUUGGAGAAUAACAAAUGCUAAAGGUGAUGUGGAAGAAGUUCAAGGACCUGGAGUCGUUGGUGAAUUUCCAAUCAUCAGCCCUGGCCGUGUAUAUGAAUACACAAGUUGUACCACAUUCUCUACAACAUCAGGAUAUAUGGAAGGAUAUUAUACCUUCCACUUUCUUUACUUUAAAGACAAGAUCUUUAAUGUCGCCAUUCCCCGAUUCCAUAUGGCUUGUCCGACAUUCAGGGUGUCUAUAGCUCGAUUGGAAAUGGGUCCCGAUGAAUAUGAAGAGAUGGAAGAGGAAGAAGAAGAGGAGGAGGAGGAAGACGAUGACGAUUCGGCAGAUAUGGACGAAUCAGAUGAAGAUGAGGAGGAGGAGAGACGGAGGAGAGUCUUUGAUGUUCCCAUUCGGAGACGCCGCUGCUCUCGCCUUUUUUAGCGAUCCUCUGCCAAUGGAAGCGCUGGGAUGAACCCAGUCGGUUAAACAGAUUUCUCAAUAAUGUAAAUAACUAAAUUGUUCUCAGCUCAUAGCAGGAAGCUAGCAUGAAAUAUUGUGCCAGGCCCUGGGUUCUAUGCGAACGCUACCUUAGGAACUGGAUUGUUUGGGUUUGCUUUGUGUUUUUGAGGUGGAGGAGGAAAUGGGAGUCUUCUUUUUUUCCUGUCUUCUAGAAGGCAAUGGGAGAACAGUUCUCUAGCUAAGGAACAGACAGUUCCUUGUUUUAAAAUAUUUUAUACUUAUGAAAAAAAAGUUACUGGGAGGGAAAUUGUUUCGAAUAAGGAUUUUAAGUGAAGCAGAAAUGCCUACACAAGGAUAAAGAGAAACUAUGUGACUGAAUGAUUCUGUGAAAAGAUUUAUAGCAUAAGUUACUUAGAAAUGAACAGAAUUUGUAAUUAGGCUAAUCCAUUUAGUGAUUCCUUAUAUAUUUUGUACUCACAGGGAACUAAUUGACUAAAUAGCUUGAAUGCUAAUUGUCCUUUCUUAGACAAUCUGUCCUUGAAUUUAGAGUUUUCAUCACAACAACCUUGAAUUUAAAGUUGAACAGUGUGACUUUGACCUUGAAUUUAGUCAUCAACUCUGCCAGCCUUGAUUUUAAUUUAAAAUCUUCAACACGACAACCUUGAAUUAAUUUAGUCUUCGGUACUAUGACCUUUAUCAUAUUGUUCACAGAUGCAUCAUUUUUGAAAUGUAGUGUGUAAAAAUAUGUAUUGUUAUUAACAAAAGAACUCUUCACAGUGUCACAUGUCUAAAUUUGUAAAUACUGCUUCUGUUUUGUUUCCCCUUUAUAUACUUGACCGUCUUAACUUUGUGAUAAGUGACAUGAAUUUUAUGUUAAAGAUUAUGUUUUCCUGAAACAUGGAUUUUUUUGUAAUUAUAUAACUGAGAACUUGGAAUGAAAUCCUCCAAGUGUCAAAAACUCACAUUUUGCAAACAAAUUUUGGUUCCUAUCCUAUAUUUUUUGUAAAUGCCUAUUUUCCAUAAACCAGUAUUAAUAAGCCGUUGCUCUUAAAAUGGCAGAUGAGAUCAAAACUCAUUGGCCUAUUGCCAGAGGCCCAUUCAAAAUCAUUUCCUGGCUUUGACUACACCCUGUUUGUACUCUACCUUCCAUUUCCCCCAAGAACAGUUUUUUUUUAUAGGGAAAACUGUAGGAAGAGGGAGAUACAGAUAGGAUUAACAGCUGUCCUCAGGGGCCAUGAAGGCAAAUUUAGCCUUUCAUAUUGCCACAUGUCAAAAUGUUCUGAAAUUGAGUAAGUAGUUUUUCCUGCUUAAUUUUUAAAUAGAGCAUUAGGCUACCAAAUCCUUCUGUUAUGCCUGUCUCUUUUUUCUUAAAUCAACCCACUGGUUGUUUGAAAAACAAACUUUCCCAAUAAAGCAGUAAUUUAAAACUAGUUGGAAGUUAAAA